AGAGCAACGCUGGACGUCGGGUUGCGGCACAAGCCUGGUGGCAAACUGAGUGCAGAAAAUGAAGAUUUUGAUUUCUGUUUGAUGAAGUUACGCAGUUUGAUGCCAAUGUCAAACACAAGAUGGUUUAGAUGGAAAUGUAGCAAAUUUGACUGAGGGAUUAGUAAAUAGGCCAAGGGACCCAAUGAUGUGAAGUGGUGUUGAGCUCAUCAUUGAUAAAAUUUCAAGAUUCCUUCUUAACCAUGCUGAAACUUAAAAAAAUGAAGAGGACCUUAUCUGAUGCAAUUUAAGGCAAUCUGGUCUGCAAUGUGCCAGUGUUUCAUUUAGGUACACUGCUGUUAAGACAGAAGGUUUCUGUGCAAUGGAGGUCUCCAAGGCUUUGGGAUCAAGACUGUUCAUGACAAAUGCUGUAGAAACAAGAGAUGAACAUGAUGAGAAGUAUGAUAAGUGCUACCAGAUGGUGCAGAGUCUUACCUCAGGUGUAUCAGAAAAGGAGGCUCAUGAUGCCCUGAACAACAGCAUGUCCAAAGGUCCACAGGCUCAUGAUGACAUAUCUCAGGGCCUACUGGUGUGGGUCCUGUCUGACCCAGCAUCUGCCAACAAGAUAUACAGGGACUUGACUUUAGUCACGAGAGAUGGCUUCAGUGCAGUUAUUGCACAAAUGCAGUUCCUCAUCAUGGAGAAAUACACCAAGCUUCUAGAGUCGGCAAAGCAGCAGUUGGUGUGGCUAAUCCGAGAAAUGAUUCGGAACUCAGUGAAUGGUACGGACGCGCUCUGCUGGAACUUGAUGCGGCAAAUUGUUGGUGGAGAUGUGUCACCAAAGAACAUUUGGCUGGCGGAAAGCCUCUUGGACAUCUAUGUCGAGAACAGAUCGUGGCUGGAGAAGCACCCGUUCCUGGUGGCGUCGGCCGUAUACUCGUACCUACGCAUCACGGAGGACCACCUGGCGCCGCCGUACCACGCGCUGCGGCAGAAGGAGACGGCGUUCGUCGUCUCCCUGCUUCGGGAGCGGUUCGCCGACUGCAUGAUGAUCGGCCGGGACCUGGUGCGCCUGUUGCAACACGUCUCCAAGAUCCCCGAGAUCGAGGCCGUGUGGCGCGACCUGCUGCACAACCCUACCGUGUUCCUGCCGACGUUCGGCGGCCUGCUGCAGCUGAUGCAGUCGCGCACAUCACGCCGCUUUCUGCAGUGUCGCUUGACGCCCGACAUGGAGAAGAAGAUCGUCUUCCUCACCUCGCAGAUCCGCUUCGGCAUGCAGAAACGCUAUCAGGAGUGGUUCCAGCGCCAGUACCUGUCGACGAGUGAGUCCCAGUCGCUGCGCUGUGACCUGAUCCGCUUCAUCGUGGGCGUGAUCCACCCGUCGAACGAGCUGCUCUCGUCGGACAUCAUCCCUCGCUGGGCUGUCAUCGGCUGGCUGCUCACUACCUGCACGGCUCAGGUGGCCAUCGCCAACGCCAAGCUGGCCCUCUUCUACGACUGGCUGUUCUAUGACGCGGAGAAGGACAACAUCAUGAACAUCGAGCCGGCCGUGCUGGUGAUGCACUUCUCACUGCGGCCGCACCCGGCCAUCACUGCCACCCUGCUGGACUUCAUGUGUCGGGUGAUCCCGACUUUCUACCCGCCGCUCACGGACAGGGUGGGCCAGGGCAUGUUCACGGCGCUGCGUCAGAUCAUCAAGAUGCGCGUGCUGCCCUCGUUGUCGCCGCUGUUCCAGAACGCCAAGCUCGACAAGGACCUGCGCAAGAUGCUGCGGGACCGGUUCACGGAGUUCUGCACCGAUGUGGUGGUGAAGUCGGACGAGUACCAUGACAUGCCCGGUGCGGAGCCCAUGCAGACCGGCCACGACUUGGUGAUGCCCAAGUCGCCGCCGGCUGACGAGGCGGCCUUCAGCGACGAGGAGGACGAGGUGGUCGCCAUGCCGGUGAAGACGGAACAGGCGGCCCCGGAGCCGGCGGAGCCGGUCGCGGCGCCGCCCGGCCCGGCCGGCGACGAGUCGCCGCAGGCCGCCGAGCCGCAAUCGCCACCCUGCGGCGAGGAGUUCGCCGAGGCGCUCGAGUUGUUGGGCCCGCCGCUCCGCGAGCAGCUGACUCGGCUGCGCACCGAGACGGACCUCGAGCUGCAAUGCGGGGCGGUGGAGCGGCUUUGCGUGGCCGCCUGCGAGUACGAGCUGCCUGAGGAAGAGCUGAAUGCCCUGGCGCUCUGCCUCUCGACGCUUUGUAGCAAGACGCUCAACUCGAACAUCUACCCACCCGAGGAGGACAACCACGAUGAGUCGCUGGAGGACUCGAUCAGCCAACCUCUGUUCGUGGUGAUGCGGUGUCUGUGCGACGCGCCCGAGGAGGACCCGACCCGCCAGACGCUGGUCUGCCUGCUGGCAGAGAUGAGCUGCCGCGCCUCCCGGCUGCCCUACCUGCUGCUGCACUACAUCAACGUCAGGAUUGCCAAAGAAGAAAAGGAGACGAAGGCCAAGUGGUUCGGCGUGUACAAGGAGCUGUGCCAUGCGAGGGACACCAAUCGGGAGCUCUCUGCCUGCGUAGUGGAGGAUCUCAAGACGUGUCAGGAAGAGGAGCAAAGCCUAUUCAUCUGGCUGGUGCCCAGCCUCUUCACCCACCUGAGCACGGCAUGCGUCGGCAACGUGGAGCUGAUGAACAUGAUCGUCAGCUCGCUGGACUCAAGCCAGCUGCUGCAGCUGCUCAGCCACAUCGUACAGGCCGAUCUAGUCAUGUUCAGAAAGGACUCCUUCAUGAAAGUGCUCAACGCCAGCUUGGAGUGGGAGACGUUCGAGCAGUACUGCCUCUGGCAGCUGGUGGAGGCACAUGAGCUAACUAUUGACUACAUCCUGCCCCUGCUGACGCGCAUCCAGAGUCGGGAGCACGCUGAGGCUGUUAGCUGCGUUAUGCUGAUGCUCAAGCGGGAGGAGCCGUGUAUGGAGCUAGUGAAGCCGCUGCUGCAGCGAACGGCCGAGCAGCCACACGACGUGUUCGUCGCCUCGGUGCUUAAGUACUGGUCGACUGAGUACGAGGAGCAGACGGCGCAGCUGAUUGCCAACCUCAUCAACCGCACCAGCUUGACGCCGAGCAAGCGACGCCGCAACUCGCCGCGCGCCAACCUGCCCACCACGGAGCAGAUCCUGGGCCACCUGGACCAGAUGCGCACCGCCCUGCGCACCGCCUCGUUCUGGAGCAUCGACGAGGUGCAGACGGCGCUCAGUGUGGCACAGAGCGGCUCCAACGAGGCGCAGCGCAAGCGCUUUGCCGACUUGUUCGCGCUGAUCGAGGUGGAGGAGGAGGCGCGGACGCGGCGAGGCCGGAAGGCGGCGGCGCGUGGCCGCGCCACCACCAAGAGCAUACAGAAGACGGAGACGGACUCGGACGACACGACCGAGGACGAGGAGGUGAUCAAGAAGCCGGCCAAGAGGAGACGGAGGAACAAUCAACUGAACUCCGACAGCGAUUGAGGGCCACAAGUGUUUUACGCGGCGGCGCACUGCCGACGCACCUUUUGCGGGAAGUGUUUUUUUUUAAUAUACACAUUUGAUGUA